AUGACCCGUCCCACCGUCUUCACCAUUGCCUCAAACGUCACCAUGGCAACACCAACCCCCCAUGUGCCCGCGAGCGCCCCUGUCUCCGCCAAAGUGUGCGUGGGGGGGACACGCGAUCUCCUGUUGAGCCACGGAUACGAGGAGCGCGCGGGGGCCAGGCCGUUAAAAAGCGACGGGCAGAGUGGGAAGGAGGGGGAGGAGAAGGGAGGAGAUAACGGAGGAACAGACGGUAUAAACACAACGAGGAGCGAGAAGAGAAAACGGGGAUCAGGGGAUCCGCGUGCUCCCUACUGCUCUGCUCCCUACUGCCCCGUUCCCUACUGCACUGCUCCCUACUGCUCUGCUCCCUACUGCUCUGCUCCCUACUGCACUGCUCCCUACUGCACUGCUCCCUACUGCUCUGCUCCCUACUGCACUGCUCCCUACUGCACUGCUCCCUACUGCACUGCUCCCUACUGCACUGCUCCCUACUGCCCUGUUCCCUACUGCUCUGCUCCCUACUGCACUGCUCCCUACUGCCCCGUUCCCUACUGCACUGCUCCCUACUGCCCCGUUCCCUACUGCACUGCUCCCUACUGCCCCGUUCCCUACUGCACUGCUCCCUACUGCACUGUUCCCUACUGCACUGCUCCCUACUGCACUGCUCCCUACUGCACUGUUCCCUACUGCACUGCUCCCUACUGCCCCGUUCCCUACUGCUCUGCUCCCUACUGCCCCGUUCCCUACUGCACUGCUCCCUACUGCUCUGCUCCCUACUGCUCUGCUCCCUACUGCUCUGCUCCCUACUGCUCUGCUCCCUACUGCACUGCUCCCUACUGCCCCGUUCCCUACUGCACUGCUCCCUACUGCCCCGUUCCCUACUGCACUGCUCCCUACUGCCCCGUUCCCUACUGCACUGCUCCCUACUGCACUGUUCCCUACUGCUCUGCUCCCUACUGCCCCGUUCCCUACUGCUCUGCUCCCUACUGCCCCGUUCCCUACUGCACUGCUCCCUACUGCACUGCUCCCUACUGCUCUGCUCCCUACUGCUCUGCUCCCUACUGCUCUGCUCCCUACUGCUCUGCUCCCUACUGCACUGCUCCCUACUGCCCUGUUCCCUACUGCUCUGCUCCCUACUGCUCUGCUCCCUACUGCACUGCUCCCUACUGCACUGCUCCUACUGCCCCCUGCAGUAACUCCCCUCAACAAACCCCCCCCAGCUGCACAGUAACUCCCCCUCAACAAACCCCCCCCAGCUGCAGUAACUCCCCCUCAACAAACCCCCCCAGCUGCAGUAACUCCCCCUCAACAAACCCCCCCCAGCUGCAGAACUCCCCCUCAACAAACCCCCCCAGCUGCAGUAACUCCCCUCAACAAACCCCCCCCAGCUGCAGUAACUCCCCCUCAACAAACCCCCCCCAGCUGCAGUAA